AUGCUAGAGAAAGGGAUUGGUAUUGACUCUGGACUGCUUGAUGUCUUGGUAGGUAUGUAUCUUAGCCAAAACAGGAUCGAGGAGGCGUGCGAAUUCUUAAAGGAGAAAGUGGAAAAUGAUAACGUGAAGCCUUGGAGAAGUAGUUACAAGGGUGUUAUAGACAAGUUGGUUGAAAUCAAGAAGGAUAAAGAGGCGUUAUGUCUUGUACAGAUGAUGAAGAAGCAAUAUCACUCUGCUUCUGCAGAUGCGGAGAGGAAUGUGCAAAGCUUAAAGUAUUAUUAUCCUAACUUUUCUGAUGUUAUUUAUGCUUUCUACGGACUUCCUGGUCUGAGAGGUCUUAAAAGCAUCAUUUUGAGACAGACCCGAAUGAACCCCUGGUAGGGGUUUGAGAAUAGAUACUAAAACCUCUGAGGACUGAAAGAUUCUUUUAACAGUUUCGUCAAGAUUUUAUGUCCAACUUCUAUCUUCUUCCUGCUGCAGUAGCCGCAGAGUUAUGAAGAUAGAAGUUUAUAUUAAGUUGAUUUUCUAGGCUUUGUUGAUGGGAUUGAAGGAUGUUGUGUGGAUUGUUC